UAGGACAUUUCGACACGAGAAUUGGCCCAGAAAUAUUAUGAUCCAGUCUUCUAAUCAACUUGCAGCGGCUGGUUUCUUUUAUGCAGGAGUGGGUAACACUGUUAGGUGCCACUACUGUGAUCGGAGCCUUAAAGAUUGGGAACCUGCAGAUGAUCCCUGGGUAGAACAUGCCCGACUGUUUCCGUUUUGCAAGUUUGUGUUGAAAAUGAAAGGCAUGAACUUCAUCCAAGCUUCUGCCACUGGGAAUCCUGGAAACAUGCUACCGCCACCCGUCGUUCGAUCAGUAGAACCACACUUCAACGAACGUCAGAGGGAUUUUACCCAAAGACACAAUGGCGACGGCGGUAGGAGGACGUUGGAACCUGGUGAUGUGAAUACUGGAAGUGAACCAGAAGUGCCCGUCCCGCCUACUCUGCUCACCCCAGCAGCCCCACUCGUCCAGGCGCUUGAUGACGGAGAUUCCAUACCUCCAUCUGGAAAUACCUGGACCGAAAAUGACCUGGAAAUCAACCUCCAAGACCACGUGAGGGUCAAACUGAACCCGCCACAUUAAAUACAACAGACUUAAAACUCUUUUGUGAGAUAAGCUGUAACAAAAGUAUGUUUGUUGUCAUCUACUCUGCUUCAUCAUUUUGACUAAAAGAAGCUAACAACAAACAGUAUCG